AUGGCUAAUAGCAAACCCUUUAAAGGUAAAGUGAUUACCGUCACAGGAGCGGCAUCCGGCAUCGGUCUAGCCACAGCUCGCUACUUAGCACAUCGGGGUGCAUCUCUAUCACUGGCCGACGUCCAGGGGAAACUUCUGGAUGAAGCAGCCGACACCAUCAGAAAAGAAUCAGGGGCCAAAAUUCUAGCCACCGUUGUAGACGUCAGCAAAGACACUGACGUUGAUCAAUGGAUCUCAUCAACGAUCUCAACCUUCGGAGCGCUUGAUGGAGCAGCCAACCUGGCUGGGGUGUAUGUGGAGGGAAGCGACCGCCCGGGGAUUGCGAACCUGGACAAUAGCACUUGGGACUUUGUGUUGACAAUUAAUUUGACCGGAAUGAUGUACUGUCUAAGGGCUCAGCUUAAGGUCAUCUCCAACGGCGGCAGCAUCGUCAACGCAUCGAGCGUAGCUGGACUGCUUGGAUCCGCUCAAUUUCCAGCAUACUCGGCCUCCAAGCACGGCGUCAUCGGGCUGAGUAAGUGUGCGGCGAGAGAGGCAGGAGGGCGAGAAGUGAGGGUGAAUGCUAUUGUCCCUGGCGAGAUCCGAACCCCAAUGUCGACGAAAGCCAGCCAUCUCUUGACGAGUCCAGGCUAUUCCGCGCCACGAGCAAUUGCCAGACCAGGACAACCUGAAGAGGUGGCAGCGCUGAUUGCGUUUCUCCUCGGGGACGAAGGUCGAUUCAUCACCGGAUCUGUAUAUCAAAUCGAUGGUGGACGAAUCUGCUAG